AUGCUGCCAUGUCUUCUUGUCUUCUCUGCUCUGGGUCUUGGGGCCUUGGGCAUCUCCUCUCGGAAUGAAACACAAACUAAAGAAAUAUCAGAGAAGCUUCAGUAUCUGUUUGGUAAUGUUUCUCAGCUCAUUGAAAAAGGCAAACUGGGUAUGAAUGAUGUGUCCACCAUGGCCUCUAGAAAGGAGUGGGGGGCAGAAGCUGUUGGCUGCAGGACCCAGCUGACCAUGCCAGUGGACUUCCUUGUCAUACACCACAUCCCUGGACUGGAAUGUCACAACCAGACCAUCUGCAGUCAGAAGCUACAGGAGCUGCAUAUGCAUCACAUCCACAACAACAACUGGUGUGACGUGGCCUACAACUUCCUGGUUGGGGAUGAUGGUAGGGUGUAUGAAGGUGUUGGCUGGAAAAUCCAAGGCUGUCACACCCAAGGCUACAGCAACAUCUCCCUGGGUUUUGCCUUCUUUGGCACCAAGGAAGGCCACAGUCCCAGCCCUGCUGCCCUGUCAGCCAUGGAGGGUCUAAUCUAUUACGCUGUCCAGAAGGGCCACCUGUCACCCAGGUAUUUUCAGCCAUUUCUUGUGAAAGGCAAGAACUGCCUAGUGCCUCCACAGAAGAUAGGUCCAAAGAAAGCUUGCCCCAGCAUUGUUACACGGACUGAUUGGGAGGCCAGGGAGUCUCACUGCCCCAAGAUGAACCUCCCAGCUAAGUAUGUUAUCAUCAUUCAUACCUCUGGGAAAACUUGCAGUGUGUCUGAUGAGUGCCACCCACUGGUACGAGAUAUCCAGUCCUUCUUCAUGGACAGACUUGACGCGUGCGACAUUGGGCAUAACUUCCUUGUGGGCCAGGAUGGUGCCAUCUAUGAAGGGACAGGCUGGAAUGCCCAAGGUUCACACACUGCUGGGUAUAAUGACAUUGCUCUGGGCAUUGCCUUCAUAGGCACCUUCACAGGUACCCCACCGAAUGCUGUGGCUCUGGAGGCCACUCAGAGCCUGAUCCAGUGUGCCCUAGACCAGGGGUAUUUGACUCCCAACUACCUGCUGGUGGGGCAGAGUGAUGUUGAAAACACUCUGUCUCCUGGGAAGGCUUUGUACAACAUCAUCAGCACCUGGCCUCACUUCAAGCACUGA